AUGACGAAGAUCACCACUUUGCUAUCCGCCGUUUUCCUGGCCAUUGGAGGCUUCCUCUUCGGAUAUGAUAGUGGUAUCGUCACUUCCACUAUUGGCCAGACUGAGUUCAUCAAAUAUUUCUCCAAUCCAAAUGACACUGUAACUGGCGGUGUUGUCUCGGCAUUCCAGGGCGGUGCCAUUCUUGGAACCAUAAUCAAUGCCUUCACUGGCGAUCGGCUCGGUCGAAAGCUUUCCGUUUUCACUGGUGCUUGUAUCUCUUGUUUUGGAUGCGCCCUGCAGGCUGGUGCAGUCAACAUGGUGAUGCUAAUUAUUGGUCGAUUUAUCGCCGGUGUGGCCGUUGGUAUGCUCACCUCGGUCAUUCCGAUGUAUGCUGGUGAGAUGGCGGAAGCCAAGAGUCGCGGCAUGAUGUCUGGCCUAUUACAAUGGAUGUUGAGUUGGGGAUAUCUCAUCGCUCAAUGGCUUGGAUAUGGUUGCUCUUUUGUGGACAGCGCUUUUCAAUGGCGCUUUCCUCUUGCAUUCCAGUGCAUUCCCGGCCUGAUCCUUGCCAGUGGAAUUUGGUUCCUGAAUGAGUCUCCCCGGUGGCUCAUGGAGAAAGAUCGUCAUGACGAAGCUCUGGCCACUCUACAUAGGCUUCAUGGAGACGGCACUCCUGAAAAACAAGAAUACAUUGAGAUGGAGUUCCAAGAAAUUCGAGACGUGAUCGAUGCCGAACGCGCAUCAACAAAGAUCACAUGGACUACCAUCAUCACCAAACCCUCUUGGCGUCGCCGCUUGAUUCUUGGUUGCGGCGUACAAGCCUUUGGUCCUCUUUCUGGAAUCAACGUCAUCAACUACUACGGUACUCGUAUCUAUGCUUCCCUGGGAAUCGAUACACAAACUUCGCUCAUGAUCAUUGGUAUAUCCGGUGCCCUUUCCAUCGUUUGGUGCACAGGUGGCCUUUGGGCACUUGAGCGUGUCGGUCGUAUCAAGCCUCUCAUCAUUGGAUCCGUCGGUAUGGCGUUAGCGCUCGUUGCCAAUGCCGCCAUGUCUCAACAUUUUGAUGAAAGUAAUAACAACCAGCUCCGUGCGAUGGUCGCGAUGAACUUCGUAUUCAGCUUCUUCUAUACCUUUGUCGGAAUUAUCUCCUGGGUGUACCCCGCUGAGAUUUUCCCUGUGGAUAUUCGCAACCAAGGAAAUUCGGUCACCACUUUCACCAAUUGGACCUUUAACUUGGUUUUCGCGCAAUUCUCCCCUUCUGCACUGACAAAUAUCGGCUUCCGCUACUUCUAUGUCUUUUUCGUCUUCAACAUUAUUGCGAUGCUCUGCUAUUUUUUCUUUUACCCGGAGACCAAGGGCAAGACAUUGGAGCAGAUGGAUUUGCUUUUCGGAGAUAGUAAUGACGUCCCUGCGGCGGACGAAAAGUUGGGCCAGCAGGGGGUUGUGGAGCAUAUCAACUGA